AUGUCAUCUUCCAAACAAAGGAAGCAAUAUUCAAGUUGCGACAACUGUCGCCGUUCCCGAAUCGCAUGCAACGCCUCGAAACGUGGCUAUCAACCAGGUGAUGUAGAAUGGCGCGGUUCGUGUUCGCGAUGCGCCUUGAAGCAACAACCUUGCACCUUCACCGAGAUGCCGGACUCUGAGACUGACAAACUUAGCAAAACCUCAAGUGAAGUCAGGACCACACCGGUCAUAGAAAUGUUCAGGACUCUCGAUCGUGACUUGAAACAGGAGGUGGCGUCUCAAGCUCAAGGGAAUGAACAGACACCUGACCGUGGAGAAGCAGAGCUAGGGAGCCAAAUCGAGGGCUUCUUACGAACGGCCAUUAAAGGUUUCGCAGCACGAUGGGCCCCUCAGAUCCUCCAAAGCCAUGGCGGCCUUCCGACGAAAUCCGCCGAAGACUUUGUCAGAGAAAGCUGGCGCGCUGCCAGAAGAGACAUGCUCAAAGUCAUCAACCGAGUAUCCUAUCAAUCCGUAUUGGCCUUGUAUUUAUUCACACAGACCCCGAUCCCUACAGGCAUCCCUCAUGACGAGGUCAUGGACGGGAUCGAUGGUUUGACUUGUCUUCAUACUGCGCUUUCCCAGAUUCAAAGACUACGGGAACGAAGGAGCCUUGAUCACCUCCAUGAGCUGGGGUUAGUGGCAGAGUUCGGCUCCUCGCACCAUUCUGUCGUUGCCGAGCAGGUCUCGACCAAGUUCCUAGACCUAGAAACCAGACUCUACUGGACGGCAGUGGUGUGGGACACUGAAAGCUCGUUAACUUCAAACCUGAGGGCUUCACUGACAUCCGGGUUGAAAGGGGCUUGCUUAGAACCCGUGUGGCUUUUGGCCAGGGCCUUCCUCGUUGGCUCAUUCAUUCCUCAAUCAAAAAGCUGGCUUAUCAACGGAUUUGAAGUCUACGACAAGACAGCGACUGAGAUACUUUCAGCGGCUUCUGUUGCUAACGUCUACUUAUGGAAGACAAUUACGUCGUUGAAGGAGGCUUUGAGGGAAGGGGUAGACGAAAAAAGCCUUUUGUCAACUUGGGAAGCUACUCUAGACGCAUUGGAGAUCUACAAUAUCUCGAUCUGCCCCCUUCUCGGGCUCUGCGAGCGGCGGCUCAAUUUUCUGAACCAAGAGAGUCGACUGAAUUGGUUCGAACUGAAUUUGAAGCACUACCUUGGCAUUCUGAAGAUGGUAGAAGCACUCGAGGCAGCAAGCCGUUCAGACCUACUUGCACAGAUAACAGAGACAAGGCAAGAAGCUGAGCGCGAGAUUGUUAACGUGCUCAAGUUUGGUACCGAGACCAAAUGUAACAUACAUACGGCGGCCGCGACGGCUCACAGAACGCGCGCCAGUGGGUUGCAGGAUUAUACUUCUUCAGAAGAAUCUGCUGUCUCAAUGAGCCCGUGGAUCGCUCAGAUUGUUGAGUCUGUCUCGCUAUUGAGCAAGAUAAUCCACACCAGGUAUCUCGAGAAGAGCAUGCAAUACGACGCAUGCACUUAUCUAGUCAGACUGGCCGCUGACGUUUUUGACCACCUUCCGAAUGAUGUUCGCUGCGUCGGCGACGGUCAGGAUAGUCUGCAAAAGCUAAGAGAAAUGAUAGCCUAA